UAUUGUUUUGGCUCCACUGCCAUCUACUUUCCGAAAUAACAUCUGCAGGUGCGUAAUUGCGUCCCAGUGCCGCAUGUGCGCCGGACGGUCGCUUCCCCGCUCUUCCACGCUGUACUAUCUCUUGACGAUUUCUAUUUCCAAACCCCACUCUUUCAAGGCUUCAGCUUUUUCACAGCAACACCAGAAACAUCGCAGCUAGAACAUAUCCAGCUCUUAGGGUUUAAUUAGCAAGUUGAACUGAGUGGCCCGAAUAGCUUCGGAUUUGACUAGGUUCGGAUUGUUGUAACUGCUCCUUUUUGCAUUGAGCUUUCCAGAGAGAGAGAGAGAGAGAGAGAGAGAGAGAGAGAGAGAGAGAGAGAGAGAGAGAGCUUAUGGAGGCUAUACGGAAGCAGGCAAGCAAGCUACGGGAGCAAGUGGCGAAACAGCAGCAGGCAGUCCUUAAGCAAUUUAGUGGGCGUUUUGGGCAUGAUUCAGCCCUCCAUGAUGAAACUGAACAUCAAUGCCACCAAAAUCUUUUAGUUCUGUAUAGCUCAACUAGAGCAGCAAAGCAUUUGCAACGGGAUAUUGCACGUGGUGUUGAAGCUUUUAUUUCUGUUAGUUCCAAGCAAAUAGAAAUAUUAAGAAAGCUAGCUCAAGAUUGUUGCAAAUAUGGAGAUGAAUAUCAAGCUUCUGGGUAUGGUCUUGCCAGGGCUUCUAGUGACUUUGGCAAUUCUCACAAUUUAAUGGAAAUGGAGCGGGAGAAUCUGCUGAGAGUUCUUGGUGAACAGGUUUAUGAACCAUUAAGGGCAAUGGUUAUGGGUGCUCCAUUAGAGGAUGCUCGUCACUUGACUUACCGCUACAAGAAGAUCAGUCAGGAUGUCGAGGGUCAGACUGCUGAAGUUCUAAAACGCCAACUGAGGUCAAAGGAAGUUGCUAAUAGCACAGAGAGUGCUGCUAAGCUUGAAAAUGCUGAAUUGAAGUUAUCAGAGCUUAGAAGGGCUUUGUCAGCACUCGGAAGAGAAGCAACAGAAGCUAUGCUAUCAGUUGAGGCUCAACAACAAGAAGUUACUUUCCAGCGGCUUCUUGCAAUGGUUGAUGCUGAGAGAUUGUUUCAUCAAAAGGCGGCUGUAGUUCUGGACAAGCUCUACAGUGAGAUGGUUCAAUUAAAGCCUCAGGAUGAAUCUGCUUCAAAUUUAACAAAUCAGACUAAACAACAUCUGCCAACUGCCGAUAUUGAUGCCACGGCUCCAAAUGAAAAUGUAGAGAAUAGGAACAGUCAAUCUAGUGGCUCAUUUGCAGAUACUGAGAAUGCAUCCGAUGAUAUCAAGAUAAAUCACUCUGCAGAAUCCCCAGAAAACAAAAAUAAUGAGAAUCUAAAUACCAAGGUGGAUCAUUCCAGGGAAAUUCCAGCAAAUGGUCAACGUGGUACAUAUUAUGUUGCAGAAGUUAUUCACUCCUUCGAUGCUCAGACAGAUGGCGAGCUCAGCAUCUCGGCUGGUGAUUACGUUGUGGUACGUCAGGCAACUCAAAGUGGAUGGUCAGAGGGUGAAUGCAAGGGGAAAGCUGGCUGGUUCCCAUCUGCUUAUAUCGAGAAACGGGAAAAAGCUCCAGCAAGCAAGGUGGUUGCCCUCUUAUCAUGUUAGUAGUCAUCACUUCAAGUUCAUGUAAUCGAUUCAUGUACAGGUGCCUCUUCGUUCAUUUACACAUCUAUUCAAGCUUUUUCGGUGUUUGUUUUUUUAUAUUCUUAUUUUGGAAGCGCUGGUAUCUAUUAUGGUUAUCAGGUGCAAUAACUUCAUUUGUAAAUAAUAUUCAAGGUUAGAAUUACUGUGAUUUAUCCAAUUGUUUUUGAGCUUUGGUUAGGUCUUAUGUGUGUUAUUGUUUCUUUGUACUAAAUAGGCAUAUUAACUUUCUAUUUUCUUUAUAGAUUGAUUUUUGAUUGUGAUCUA